AUGCUCAUAGAUAUCUGGACUUACCUUACUUUCUUGUUAACGGAGUCCAUUACCGACGGCCUUAUGCGCAUGCUCAACAUCAACCUUCAACCUCUCGACUUCUUCUCCGGAAAGACUGUGACAGACCCCGCAGCUUCUUUUGACCCUUUCUUUAUGCCGACAGACAAAGUGGUCUCCCGGAAACGGACGAACAAGUCUAUCGAACGCACGGCCAAGUUCCCCCAAUAUCCCAGGAAGCCUCAUAAGGCCACCACAAAGCCAAACCCCCAAGACCUGGCUCUUCAGAAGGACCUUGUGGCGGAGCUUCAGAAAUAUUGUCUCCUGGCCGAGUCAUAUCCAGUAGCAAAGGGAAUGACUAAUUUCGACCCUCCCUCAAAUGCCAACGCGGAGAAGAACCGGACUUUGGCCAGCCCUCAGCGACUGAAGUCGAAAAAUAUCCUGCAUUUGGGCUCCGUCAACUUUGUCAUCCCGGCUCUUGUCAUUUCCGUCUACCCCGGUGCCCAAGUCCGGGUUUUGUACGGCUAUGCGGUCAACAACCAGUUGCGCCUGCAUUUCACCCAACUCCAGCAGUUCACCGAGGACAACUUCCAAAUAUUGAUGGAAGCGACCCUCAGCUGGGCCUUUCCUAUUGCUCGUGGUCAAGCUGCCAAGCUUGUCACUCUCCCUGACAUCAAAGAAGAAGCCGAGGAUGCGGGAGAAGAAGAAGACUGGGAGGACCUUGAAGAAGUAAAGUCGGAAGAUGACGUUGAAAGUUGUACCCUGAACAUCUAUACCAAGAAAGAAGUCGAGGUUGGUCAUGUAAAGGGGAUGAUAAAAGAUCGUAUGUUGAAUGUUUCGAAUACCUCUACCGUCACUGCUACAUCCACCGCCGCGAGGAAGAGUAAGACUAAGAGGAACAAUAAGAAGGCGAUGAAACGGGGCCAUUGA